AUGGCACCUCGUGGACGUGGUCGAGGCCAUGGGAGAGGUCGAACUAGUAAUCAGAAAUUGGAAACCGACACGAAUAACCCAGUGAACUUCAUGGCUGCAUUGGAGAGCAUGGCUGCUACUAUGCAGGCCACUACUAAGGCGCUUGGACAGCAAAUGAAAAAUGGUAAUAGGGAAAGUGGCGAAAAUAGGCCGAUGAUGCUGUCAGCAUUUCUAAAGGUGGAAUUUUAUAAAAGGUACUUUCCGAAUUUAGUCAGGACAGCAAAGGAGCUUGAAUUACUACAGCUGAAGCAGGGUGCUAUGUCUGUGCCUGAAUAUACAAACAAAUUUAAGGAAUUGUGUAGAUUUUCCCAUAUUUGUCAAGGAGCUCCUAGAGACUUUGAGGAGUGGAAGUGCAUUAAGUUUGAAGGAGGGCUCUGGAGCGAUAUCUUAAGUUCUACGAGGCCAAUGGAGAUCAGGACUUUCUUAGAACUAGUGAAUAAGAGCAGGGUUGCUAAAGAUUGUAUGAGAAGGGUGGCUGCAGAGAAAGGGAGCCAUAAGAUGUCUUUUCAACAGAACCAAGGAAGAAGCUUUGCUACUAGGGGUCAGACUUUCAAGCAUGGAGGUUUUGUACCAGAGCAGACUCAGGGUCAGACCAAUUUUAGAAGGCCUAACAACAACAAUUACCAAGGGAAAAGAGUUAGAAAGCAGCCUCUGAAUGAGCAAGCUUGUGCUAGAUGUGGAAGUCAUCAUCCGGGUGUUCCAUGUAAAGCUGGUUGGGGCUUGUUUAUUCAUGUGGAAAGGCGGGGCAUAAAGCCUCAAACUGUCCGAAGAAGCAGAGCAUUUGAGAGGGCUAGUGAAUUAGCGUUGAAGAUAGUUGUGUUAGAUUAUGAUCUGAUUGUGCAUAAUGCUAAUUCGGAAGCCGUUGUGACUAUGUUAGGCUGUCCACAAGUGUCGUUCCAAGUUAAACAGCGAGAUUUUGUACAUGAUCUAAUUUGUUUACCAAUGGUUGGUUCGGAUCUCAUUUUGGGACUAGAUUGGUUAUCUAAGAAUCAUGUCUUGCUAGACUAUUCUGAGAAGUCGUUGUAUUUUAUGCUGGAAGAAUCGUAA